ACUUUGUCACCAAUGUUAGUGCCGAGGUCUGGCUGGUCCCACCAAGAGGACAGUCCCAUCUCCAGGAAGCCAGGAACACCAACAAAGGAGCCAGGAACAUCAACAAACUCAGACAGUGACUCAAGCCACCUGCCAGAGGAAGACCUUGGAGAUACCUCUGCUCAGGGUCCUGCCAUGCUGAGCUUGGGCCUGCCUCGCCUGGACACCAACCAAACCUCCAAGUGGCCUGAGCUUCGGAGCCUCUUGCAGCAGCUCCCUCCACAGGACAGUGAUGAACGCUACUGCCUGGCUCUUGGGGAGGAAGAGCUGGUGGAGCUGCGGCUCUUCUGUGCCCAGAGGAAGCAGAAGGCCCUGGGACAAGGGGUGGCAUGCCUGCUACCUCCCAAGCUUGAAGGACACACCUGUGAGAAGUGCAGGUUGCCGCUGAAGCCAGGAGAGUACGGAGUGUUCGCAGCCAGGGCAGGCAAGCAGCGCUGCUGGCACCGGCCUUGUUUUUCUUGCCAGGCCUGUGGCCAGGCCCUGAUAAACCUCAUCUAUUUCUACCACGAGGGGCAUCUCUACUGUGGCCGUCAUCAUGCUGAGUUGCUGCGGCCACGCUGCCCUGCUUGUGACCAGCUGAUUUUCUCCCUGCGCUGCACGGAGGCAGAGGGACAGCGCUGGCACGAGAACCACUUCUGCUGCCAGGACUGCGCUGAGCCUCUGGGUGGGGGACGUUAUGCCCUGCCUGGGGGCAGCCCCUGCUGCCCCAGCUGCUUCGAGAGCCGCUACUCCGAUGGGAACGCUAGCCCAGCGGCGGCAUUGGAGGGACAGGCGUUUCUGACCCGGCCAGGAACCGGGGAGUCAGGACGCCACCGAACCGAAGCACAGGACCGCGCCUCCUUGGAGGCCGGGACCAUCUCCCGAGCAGCUCUUCCCGCCGCUGCCGCCGGCUCCAGCCUGGGGAUUCAGAGUGGGCCACCCGAAGGGCGGGAGCAAGAGCGCCUGGAGACGCCCCAUAAUCUCACGGAGGACGCCUCCUGCCCCACCUGCUCUUCUUCCUCUGACUCGGAACCCGAAGGCUUUUUCUUAGGUCAGCGCCUUCCCCUGGCCUGGAAGACCCCCGGAAACCUUCAGGCAGAUGACAGCGACACCUCCAGGAAGCACUGCACCCUUUGCUAGUGGCGCAGCCUGGGAAUGUGGGGCGGAGGAUCUGUAAGGCGGGAGACCAAGGCUCUCCAACCUCUAUAAAAUUCUUAGGAUGAACUCAAUUAGGGGGCAACCUGGGAAAGGCAGGGCGACGACAGACUUGUUGUGUGUCCCCUUCGGCACCACGCGUCCUAUGACUUCAUGGACACUUGGGAACCCUGUUCCCCAAAGCUACGCUUCCCUGUAGAGUUGUCCCCCACAGGCCCCGCCCCCAGCUCCUGUGCUAACGCAAUGGUUACUCAGCACGUGUGACGGUGACCGGCUGCAGAGCCCGAA